AUGGCUAGCAGCGAAAACGAAGACUUCGAAUUGUUGACCACCACUCGAUAUGAUCCAUAUUUAAAAUCUUUAGAGUGGAAUGCAGACGAUGACGGUCCAUCACCUUUCCUACUGCUGCCCUACCAUCGAGAUCGCCUCUCGGUUGCAGCUGAUGAACAUAAGUGGGAAAUUGCAAAAUCCUCUCUGAUGUACCAAAAACUCAAAAUUGUCUGCUUGGAGGCGAUUUAUCAAAGCGAAGAAAGCAAGCUUCAUGUUCGUAUCACACUUUCGAGGUCAGGCAAGCUGGCGGUGACCACGACGCCCAUGCCACCACUUACAAGCGACCCAACCAUUUUACCAAUACCUAGGAAUAUACCGGAGAGGAGGAUUGAAACGAUACUGCUCCACCUUGACCAGAAAAGCACGCCCCCAUCGUUAUUUACCAUCACGAAGACUACAAACAGGCGUAUCUACGACGAAGCCCGCCAACGCAACCAUCUACCAUCGCUUCCGUCACCAACAGACGUCCUGUUGUAUAACCCGGAACAAUUGAUCACUGAAACUACGAUUUUCAACGUUGCUUUCUAUCGUUCGUCUGGGUGGAUAACUCCCGCGCUAUCGUCUGGAUGCUUGCCUGGGGUCAUGCGGCGGUGGCUACUGGAAAAGGGCCGUAUACGGGAAGAUCGUGAAGGGAUCUUGACAAGGAGUGUCGUAAAAGAAGGAGAAUUGAUUCUCCUGUUUAAUGGGGCUCAAGGUUGUCGCCUAGGAAGAAUUGGGGAGGCGACCCUCAAGAUCCUCUGUUCAAAUUCAUCCUAA